UCCUUUUUCACAAUAUAGCUUCUUCUUUCUUUUCUCUUUUGAAACUUAGUUCUGAAUCUUUGACGUUAACAUACAAAUUUGGGUUUCUUGGGUAUCAAGUUAACGGAUUUCCCUUUGUUUCGAAGAUCGAGUAAUGGCGGAAUUUGUUGGUAGCCGAGCUAGUUUCUGGGUUCAGUCCAAUGCUUUGCUCAGAAAGAACUUAACCUUUCAGAAACGAAGAAUGUGCGCCAACAUUGCGCUCAUUUUAAUACCAGUUUUCUUCUGCAUAUUCUUCGCCGUUAUCCAAUUCCUGAUAGAUAACAAGUUGGUCGCAAUUGCCAUAACGGCAUGCGAGAAGAGGCCAAGGCUAUUGGGUCCAGAGACUCUGAUUGCUCAACAGUGUGCAAUCACUUCUCCUCCGGAAUGGCCUCCCUUGGUAAGACUACCAGGAGCCCCUUCUCGCUCUUUCCGAAGCGAUGACCCUGAUCCCAAGCCCGAUGAGGAGUGCUGGUUGGAAGGCACUUGCCCUGUGACGAUACUUAUCACCGGGAAUAACCAGACAUUUGGACAAGAAUUGGGUUCAAACAUGUUGCCUCCCGAUGAUUUGCCGAAAAAUUCCUCCGGCAACCUUACGGAUUGGACCAAAUUUGUCCUGGGUUCACACUACGAUGCAUCACAAUUUUAUAUGGAUCCUGCUUUCGAGUCAGAUCGCAGGAACUUUUAUCUGCAGAAUCAAUGCAAGGAUGAUGAAGAUCGGGUCAUCAGUGCUCCAGUUCAAGUAUUAGCAAAUAACGAGCCAUUAAAAACAGAGGUUGAAUGUCUCCGAUGCUUUAUAUUGUGGCGUAGUAGUUAUUCUGAAAUAAAUGAUGAACUGUUCAAAGGUCAGAGGAAGGGGAAUCAACAUAGCGAAGCUAAUGACACACUUUCAGCCUAUGAUAUCUCAAACUCAGAUGAGAAUACUUACAAUGUGACCAUAUGGUACGAUUCAAACCAGGGCGACAAUACGAAUUUGAAACGGAUUCCACGCUUGGUCAAUAUGGCAUCAAACGCCUACCUUCGGUUAGUGAAAGGAAAUGAAACAAAAAUUAUGUUCGACUUUGUUAAGGAAAUGCCUAAGGGUUUUACCCUAAACCUUCCUGAUUUUACGGCACUGAUAGGUCCAUUGUUGUUUUCAUGGGUUGUUUUACAGCUGUUCCCGGUUGUGUUGGCGUCUCUGGUUUAUGAAAAACAAGAAAGACUGAGAGUGAUGAUGAAAAUGCAUGGCCUCGGUGAUGGGCCUUACUGGAUGAUUCAAUAUUCUUAUUUUCUUGCAAUAUCUGUACUCUACAUUAUAUGUUUUGUUGGAUUUGGUUCACUUGUAGGCUUACAUUUCUUCUACGAACAUGACUACUCCCUCCAAUUUAUAUUUUACUUCUUCUUUGUAAACUUGCAAAUAGCGCUGGCUUUUCUUUUGUCGUCAAUGUUCUCGCACACUAGGGCUGCUACAGUUGUAGCUUACCUUUUCGUCUUUGGUAGCGGGCUUCUCGGGUCCUCUUUCUUUGAGAACCUUCUCGAUGGUGAUCAAACAGUGUCUAAAGCGUGGAUCAUUCUUCUAGAGUUAUAUCCUGGCUUCUCUCUGUACCGAGGCUUAUACGAGUUUGGACAAUAUACCUCCGAAGCGAAAAUCACGAAGACUGGUGGUAUGGGUUGGGGGAAUUUGAAUGAUAGCGCAAAUGGUAUGAGAGACGUCUUGACCAUCAUGCUAUUAGAGUGGGCAGUGCUGCUGCUUCUUGCAUUUUACAUAGAUCAAGUUGUGACAUGUGGAAAAUCUCCUCUUUUCUUCUUGCCAAGAAAGAAAGCACCAGCUUUCCAAAUCCCUAGUAUGGAAAGGCGUGGAUCGAAAAGUUUUGGUGACAUGGAGAAACCUGAUGUCGCUCAAGAGAAGGAAAAAGUUGAGAAGCUGAUGGAAGAAGCAAAGUAUACAAGUCAUGUUGUGAUAUGUGACAACAUAAAGAAGGUGUAUCCAGGAAGAGAUGGAAACCCUGAGAAAUUUGCAGUGAGAGGGUUGUCUCUUGCUUUGCCUCAAGGGGAAUGCUUUGGUAUGCUUGGUCCUAGUGGUGCAGGGAAGACCUCUUUUAUUGAAAUGAUGAUUGGUCUCGCAAAGCCAACUACUGGCACAGCCUAUGUUCAGGGCUUGGACCUUGUAACUCAAAUGAAUGAAAUAUAUUCCUGCAUUGGUGUUUGUCCACAGCACGACCUACUAUGGGCAACCCUAACAGGAAGAGAGCAUCUACUAUUUUACGGCAGACUUAAGAACCUUAAAGGUUCUGACUUAACCAAAGCAGUGGAAGAUUCUUUGAAGAGUUUGAAUCUAUUUAAUGGUGGGGUUGCUGACAAACGAGCAGGGCAAUAUAGUGGAGGUAUGAAGAGAAGGCUUAGCGUCGCUAUUUCACUCAUAGGGAAUCCCAUAGCUGUUUACAUGGAUGAACCCAGUACCGGACUUGAUCCAGCUUCAAGAAACACUCUAUGGAAUGUUGUAAAGCUCGCUAAGCAAGGCCGUGUCAUCAUAUUAACCACACAUUCCAUGGAAGAGGCAGAGUUCUUGUGUGAUCGAAUAGGAAUUUUUGUAGACGGAAGACUGCAGUGCAUAGGAAAUCCAAAAGAGUUGAAGGGCAGAUAUGGAGGAUCAUAUGUGUUCACAAUCACAACAGAUUCAUGUCAUGACCAAGAAGUGGAGAGUCUGGUACAGAGACUCGCCCCGAACGCCAACAGGGUAUACCAUCUCGCCGGAACACAAAAAUUCGAGUUUCCCAAAAGUGAGGUCAGAAUUGCAGAUGUUUUCCAGACAGUGGAGCAUGUAAAGAAGAUGUUCACAGUCUAUGCUUGGGGCCUGGCUGACACUACUCUGGAGGAUGUCUUUAUUAAGGUUGCAAGUGCACCCAAAAGGCUUGAAUCCAACGUCUUAAGUAGAGACAAUUUGAUCGAAUAAUCGAAGUCAUGGUCUUGUACAUGUAAUAAUUAAGCUCAUAAUACCGAUAAUAUAUAUGCAGUGUAAAAUUGGCACCAUGUUGUAAAUAGUUAUAUAUUGAUGGACAUACUUAUAAUUAGUCAAAUACGGAUAUUAUUGUAAUCUUACUCAAUAACGUACAUUUCCACUC